AUGCCGACCAGAUUUGAAUAUGCCAUGUGGACAUCGUUGGAUGAUGUCGGAACCAGAGACUUCCCCCCUGGCGCGUGCAGAAAAAAGGCAAUUCACUUUCAUGUGCAACCCUGCGAGUUUUGGCACCAGCUGACGUCACCAUAUUUCCAGGCGAACAUGUCACCCGACUCCAUCGUCCAGCUCACUGCAGCCAUCUCGAUAUCCCUGUGCUUCUUAGAGCCGGCGAUGCCUGACCACAGAGCUGCGCAAUCGUUACAAGAACGACGUAUUACGCAGUUUGACGAACUGAUCACCGGGUGCCGACUCAUCCUGGAAACAUGCGGCAAACCAAAGUUCCUUGAGAGCAUCUUCGUCCUUUGGGGACAACUUUCGCAGGCACUGUAUUUGCUGGAGCGAACGUUGUGGCCAGAGCAACGGCCAGAUACCCCGUUGCACCUGCGACUCCCCAAUGCUCCCCGACCAUUGGGAGAUUUACUGUUGGACGCCUUCACGCCCAACAUCCAGUACAUUUACAAUGCGAUCAAUGCUUUGUCUACAUUCCACACCUGGUUCACCGAUUCAUACAGUGUGGAGCUCCAUUCGGACUUCAACAGCGUCCUCGAGGACUCGAUCCUUAUUUUUCGCAGCGUUGAAACGCUGUUGCGUUUAAAGCAACGCUACAUCGCCCGGGCUCCGCGAGACCCAGCCAUCGAUCUCGAUCCUCCCGAGGACACUGCGACUGGUACAACAGAACCUGCAACCGGCUCUGCACCGCCAGCGGAUGCACCAGCCCCCGAAGGUCCAAUGGAGCUGCUCAGUGACACCGGUACUCCGUUGCAAUGGUAUUGA